AUGGAACAAGUGGUAGAAGUAAAAAUUGGCUGCCUAUUUGCCCUGCUGGUUAUCUCGAUGGUCUGUGGCCUUAUUCCCAUCUGCUUCAAAUGGUUCCAAAUGGAGGCAGCCAGAGGUCAUCCCUCGCGGGGCCUCAGCCUCCUGAGCUGCAUUUCUGCAGGUGUUUUCCUGGGAGCAGGAUUCAUGCACAUGACUGUUGAAUCCUUGGAGAAUAUUGAAUUUGAGAUCCAGAAGAUGAAGAACAGGACAGAGAGUGGGGGGAAUUCUUCUAGAAUUGCUAGUUGGGCUCAUAAGGACUAUCCCUAUGGAGGGCUCAUCAUCUCCCUGGGCUUCUUCUCCGUCUUCUUUUUGGAGUCGCUGACAUUGCAGUACUGUCCUGAAACCAUUGGAAGAUCAAAAGUGCAGAAGAAGGAAGUGAGUGAGGAUCAUGGCCAUGAACUCCACAGCCAGGAACCCUUACCCUCUCGAAGGCCCUUUCGAGGAGCCCUCAUUCUCUUGUUCUCACUCUCCUUUCACUCGGUCUUUGAAGGUCUGGCUGUGGGGCUGCAGACAACCGUAGCAAAUACAGUGCAGCUCUGGCUUGCUGUCCUGGCUCACAAAGGGCCUGUAGUAUUUGGUGUAGGACUUCGGCUGGUGCAGAUCGGCACUGCGUUACGAUGGGCCGUGUUCUGCAUAUUUUUAUUUUCUCUCAUGUCCCCCCUGGGCAUAGCCCUGGGGCUGGUUGUGCCUGGAACAGACUCAGAAGUAGGGGGAGGCUUAGCCCAGGCUGUUUUAGAGGGUGUGGCAGCUGGCACCUUCCUGUAUGUCACCUUCCUAGAAAUCCUGCCCAUGGAGCUAGCUGAUCCUGAAGCACCUCUGGUCAAGUGGGGUUGUAUAGCCACUGGUUUUGCCUUCAUGGCCUUAAUUGCUCUGUGGACCUGA